AGACAUAUACAUAAGUCAAAGCUAACAAAAUAUUGGUCAAUUAAUGUUUGUUGUUACGUUGACAAAAUAAAGAAUAUAAGAAUUUUUCAAAAUGAUACACAGUUUGUUUAUGAUUAAUUCGUCAGGAGACGUUUUCUUGGAGAAACAUUGGAAAAGUGUUGUGUCUAGAUCUGUCUGUGAUUAUUACUUAGAAGCUCAACGUACUAAUCCGAAUGAUAUUCCACCAGUUAUAGCAACAUCUCAUCAUUAUCUAUUAAGCAUCCGUCGAGGAGGAGUUCAUUUUGUUGCUGUCUGCAUGGAAGAAGUUCCUCCAUUAUUUGUUAUUGAAUUUUUACAUAGAAUAGUAGACACAUUCCAAGAUUAUUUUUCAGACUGCACUGAAUCUAUUAUUAAAGAAAAUUAUGUAGUAAUUUAUGAGCUCCUUGAUGAAAUGUUAGAUAAUGGUUAUCCAUUAGCUACAGAAAGUAAUAUUCUUAAAGAGUUAAUAAAACCUCCCAAUAUUUUAAGGACUAUUGCUAAUACAGUAACUGGUAAAUCAAAUGUUAGUGGAACUUUACCUACAGGUCAAUUAUCGAAUAUUCCAUGGCGGAGGACUGGUGUGAAAUAUACCAAUAAUGAAGCUUACUUUGACGUUGUUGAAGAAGUUGAAGCUAUCAUAGAUAAAACUGGAUCAACAGUAUUUGCUGAGAUUCAAGGAUAUAUUGAUUGCUGUAUAAAGUUAAGCGGUAUGCCAGAUUUGACGUUAUCUUUUAUGAAUCCCAGGCUGUUUGAUGAUGUAAGUUUCCAUCCAUGUGUAAGGUACAAACGAUGGGAAUCUGAAAAAAUCUUGUCCUUCAUUCCGCCAGAUGGCAAUUUUCGGUUGAUCUCUUAUCACAUCAAUACCCAAAGUGUUGUGGCUAUUCCUAUUUAUGUACGUCAUAGUUUGUCUAUAAAAUCUGGCGAACAAGGCCGUUUAGAGGUCACUGUAGGCCCAAAGCAAACUCUCGGUAGAACUAUCGAAGGUGUAAAAUUGGAAAUACAUAUGCCCAAGAGUAUACUCAAUUGCAAUUUAACAUCAAACCAAGGCAAAUACAAUUUCGAUCCAGUGGCUAAAAUUUUACACUGGGAUGUUGGAAGAAUCGAUGUUGCAAAGCUACCUAAUAUACGUGGAUCUGUGGCAAUUGCAAGUGGGGCAAAUACUACCGAAAUCAAUCCUUCGAUCAACGUGCAUUUCACAAUAAACCAAUUAGCUGUAAGCGGAUUGAAAGUAUACAGGCUUGAUAUGUAUGGUGAGAAAUAUAAGCCUUUCAAGGGAGUGAAAUAUAUUACAAAAGCGGGACGAUUCCAAAUUCGAAUGUGAUGUGAGUCAUAAUUACUUCAUUAUUUUUUUUAUAUAUAACUAUUUUAAUAUAUUCAAGAUAUAUAUUUUGUAUUUUUAUUUAAUGCAGUUCUAUUCCGUUCUGUCAUUUUUAAUCACAGUCAAGCAAUUUAUAUAAGGCUUUAAUUUCGUUUUAUUCGAUUGAAUUGUUACUAAGCACAGGCAUUUGGAUCUUUUUAAUUUAUUUUA